CUGGCCGGCUAUAAGGCAAAGGGUCUGCGGCCGGCAUCUCUUCAGCCAGUCGUAGAGGGAGACGCCGGUGGCCAGCUGUUGCCUCACACCGCAAAGCGAAGGCAGCAAUCCCGCAACAUGGGGGGAAUACGGAUGACUUUGCUGUUGAUUCUGGCUGCUGCCUGCGUCCCCGUUCUCUGCGACGGCGAGGAGCCUCCGGUUCCGCGGCGAACCGAGAGCAGGUCCCGCUUCGCCCCUCUGGACGACGUGCGUCUCCUGGCCAACGGCCUCCUCCAGCUGGGCCAGAGCAUGCGGGACUUCAUGCAGAAGACGAAGGGGCAGAUCAACGACAUCUUCCAGAGGCUGACCAUCUUCGACCGCUCCUUCUACCAGCUGUCGGCGCUGGCCAGCGAGAUCAAGGAGGAGGAGGAGGAGCUGAAGAAGACCACGGUGGUGCUGCACGCCACCAACGAGGAGAUGAAGGGCCUGUCCGAUCAGAUCAACUCCAAGAUGGAGAGCAUACAGCAGGACAAAAGUCAACUGCGGAACAAGCUGGAGGGCCUGGAGGAGAGACUGAGCAGCCUGACGGUGGGCCUGGUGACCAGCGCCCAGGCGGCAGAGAUCAACAGCCUUCGGAACCUGAUCCAAAGCCAGGAGCAGAGCAUCACAGAGCUGCUGAAAGCCAUGGCCGAACAGAGUGAGCAGCUCAACCACCAGAGGAUGAAGAUCCGAACUCUGGAGGGAAAGGUUACUUCCAGCAAGUUAACGUUCUUCAACCCAGAGGUUCCGACUCUCCCCCCCUAUCUGACCUCGGGCUCUACAUCCAUGGAUCUGCCAUCGGACUGCAGCGAGCUGUACGACAGGGGCGAGCGAGCGAGUGGCGCCUAUGCCAUCAAGCCCAACGGAUCGGAGUCCUUCAUGGCCUUUUGUGACAUGACUGGAGACCACGGAGCAACAGUUAUCCAGCGUAGGAGGGACGGGUCAGUGAAUUUUGAUCAACCCUGGGAGAGAUAUGAAAACGGAUUUGGAGACUUUCAAGGGGAAUUUUGGCUGGGACUCAAGAAAAUCCGCUCCCUGGCCGCUCAGGGGAGCUUUAUCCUGCACGUCCUGCUGGAGGACCGGCUCAAGCACAGGCUUUUCGUCGAGUACAGACUUCAGCUCGACGGGCCCGAGAAAAAUUACUCCGCUCGCCUGGUGCGUCUGUCUGGGAACCUGCCCGACCCCGCGGGCGACCCCAGGGGCGUGACGUUUUCCACCGUGGACAGAGGCAACCAGCAGGACUCCGGCUGUGGCGCCCCGCAGUCAGGCGGGUGGUGGCUGAACGCGUGUGGAGACGCACACCCGAAUGGGAAGUACUUCCGCCGGGGGAGCGGGAUCCAGUGGAAGCUGGGCCCGAAGGGGUCAUUCUCGGCCAAAUCCACCCAGAUUUCUCUCCGUCCUCUGGCGUCCAGCAGCAGCAGCAGCAGCUUCCUGACCUCAUCUCACUCUGAACCUGGCGCAUUCCCCUGA